AUGGGUGAGAUUCCUGAAGCACUCAAGAGCUUGGACAGAGCAUAUCAAACACAAAGUGAAGUCUUGGAAGAAAGCCAUCCAGCUCUGAUUGCAACGAUGAAGAAUCUUGGAUGCGUUCACAUUUCACGUGGAGAUGGGUACAGGGCACUCUAUUACCUGAGAAAGGCAUUGAAGGUUGAAUUAGCCAUGAAGGGUAUGCAAUCAGAAGACGUCGCGGUCACGAUUUACAACAUUGGCCUCGCUCACUUUCAGAAUGAUAAUUACGAGAGGGCCAUUCGUCGAUAUGAGCAGUCUCUGGAUAUUCGUCUCAAUGUUCUCGGGGAGAGGCAUCCAAUGGUAGCCAUGGUAGUCAAGAGCAUGGGUCAAGCGUAUUUUGCUCAAAACGAAAACGAACGAGCGCUCAAGUACUUUCAAAAGGCCCUUGAGAUUGAGAAUGGGUAUUUCAAGGAAAGCGAGAUGCACCUCCAACCAGCUGUAACAAAAUUCUACAUGGCGAAAAUCUUGGUCAAGUGA